CCAGACGUUGCUGAAAGUCCCACACAAGGAAGUAGCCUCCUACGGCGAAGGGGCACACGAAGACAGCGACGAGUAAGCUACGACAGAGGAGAAGUUGGACAAGAGGAAAACUCAAACAUGGCUCCAGCCUCCAUCCCCAGUCCUCAGCUCUCCCCUGCAGACCCGGUGUCUCUGGUCCAGUUGAAGAAGGUAUCGGUGGUGCUGGUGGACUGCUGCAGAACACAAGGUCCACAAGGGAAGAACACAAAUAUCAGCAGUGAUGCAGAGCAGCCUGAGACCCAUAAAGGAGAGAGGCCUAACCAGUGCACUCAAUGUGGGAAGAGUUUCAGAAGCAAGGCAGAUCUCACCAAACAUUUCCGCAUUCACACAGGAGAGAGACCAUACCAUUGUUCUCUGUGUGGCAUGAACUUCGGUUUACUGGAUAGUUUAAAAAAGCAUAUGCUUAUUCACACAGGCGAAAGGCCGUACCACUGCUCUGAUUGUGGCAAAAGUUUUAGACAAAGCGGAAACCUCAAAACACACCAACGCAUUCAUACAGGAGAAAGGCCACAUCACUGUACCCAGUGUGGCAAGAGCUUUAAACGUGAGCAUCAUCUCAUAGCACACAGUGUCUUGCACACUGGAGAGAGACUUUACCACUGCAGUCAGUGUGGAAAAAGUUUUAGGCAAAAGUUUUGUCUCACCAUUCACCAGCGUAUUCAUACUGGAGAGAAGCCGUAUCCCUGCAGCCAUUGUAGCAAAAAGUUUUCUCACCUUUCAGAUAUGGUAAAACAUGAGCGCAUUCACACAGGGGAAAAGUUAUACCACUGCACUAAAUGCGGUAAGAGUUUUGCCCAAAAGGGAGCUCUCAAAGUACAUCAGCGCAUUCACAGUGGGGAAAAGUACCACUGCACACAUUGUGGCAAGAGCUACGCCAGUCAAGGUCAUUUGAAGGCACACUUGCGUGCUCACACAGGAGAGAGGCCAUAUGUUUGCACUCAUUGUGGUAAGAGUUAUAGAUUAAAAUGCAGUAUGGAAAAACACAUCCGAAAACAACACACAGGAGAGGGGAUACACCACUGCCCCCAAUGUGGCAAAGGUUUCUCUGAAUUGUCACACUUCAGAGAGCAUCAAUUCGUACACACAGGAGAGACACCAUAUUGCUGUACUGAAUGUGGGAAGGGAUUCAUUUCAGAGAAAAAUCUGAAAAGACACAAAUUAAUUCACAUUAAAGACAAACCGUACCACUGUACUCAGUGUGACAAGAGAUUCAGUCGAAAGGAUUAUUUAAUUAUACACCAGCGCAUUCAUUCAGGAGAGGAGCAAUACAGUUGUCCCAUAUGUAGUAAGAGUUAUUGCUCAAUGUCUAGACUCAAAAUGCACCAGCGUAUUCACUCUGGAGAGAGACCCUACCACUGUACUCUGUGUGACAAGAGUUUCAUUGAGAAGGCCAAUCUUAAAUUGCAUCAGCGUGUUCACACAGGAGAAAAACCAUAUCCCUGCACUCAGUGUGGCAAGAGAUUCUCUCAAAAGGGAAAUUUAAAAAAGCAUCAGCGUACUCAUAAAGAAUGAAAGCUCAACCUCUGAUUAGAACCUGAUUUUGUU